AUGAGUGGGAGCUUAGUUUCCGUCUGGGGCAAAAGCAAGAAGAGCUCCAACGAUAUAAUAUUAUCGAACAAGGUGGCCAACAGCGAGCCGGCGAGAAAGCUGCUGACACGUGCCAGGAAGUUGAGGCACGCGAGCGAUGAUGAAUUGGGCCUCAAUUCUUCUGAUGCUGGCCUGCUGCCCAUUUCUCCAGAUUCAACCCUCCUCUCCACCGGCGCCGCGCACUGGUCCAAAAAUCCCUGUCGUCAAUUGCUUGGGAAGAGCAGCAACGAGAAUGUCCGAGAAACAAAUGUGCACAGUAGGUGCCGCAGCAGGGGAUUAUUCUCUCCCGACCUAGAUGUGGACUCCUCACAGGAAAAUGAGUUUCAUUUGCAUAUCCCCACACGAAGUGCACCAGGCAGCGGUUUUUCCAGCCCUGUCCUCAGUCCACAGAGGUACAACAGCACUCUUGAUCUCUACAUCCCUUCUUUCCGAGUGCCGUCAAAGUUUUCCAACUCAGACAGAAAAUCCAAGUCGUACGGAAACUGUAAUGGUGUUUUCAUGCACUUGCAUGAAAAGUCCCUCCCGGAAUUUUUCGCUUUAAGAAAUGAGUGUAAUAAUAAUAAUAAUAGUGAUAAUAAUGCUAAUGUUCACCCAUUGCCACGCCCACCGUCAGCAGCUUGUAGACAGUCACUAACUGUUAGGCACAAUAUUGAAAAAUCGGAUGGUUCACCGGUUAUUAAGGGGCAAUGGCAGAGGGGACGACUAUUAGGGCGAGGCACCUACGGAAGUGUGUAUAUCGCGACUCAUCGUGAAACUGGGGCUAUGUGUGCGGUGAAAGAAGUCCAGAUGGUACCUGAUGAUCCUAAAUGUGCAGAAUGUGUGAAGCAGUUGGAGCAGGAAAUCAAAUUCCUCAGAGAUUUGAAGCAUCGGAACAUUGUACAGUACUAUGGGUGCGAAACUAUUGAGGAUCGUUUUUGCAUAUAUUUGGAGUAUGUGCAUCCAGGAGCGGUUAAUAAGUAUAUCCGUGAAAAUUGUGGGGCUAUGACAGAGAGUAUUGUGCGCAAUUUUACCCGUCACAUUCUCUCAGGAUUGGCGUACUUACAUAGCACAAAUACGAUACACAGGGAUAUCAAAGGGGCAAAUUUACUUGUUGAUGCAUAUGGUGUUGUCAAGAUAGCGGACUUUGGAUUAGCAAAGCAUCUUAAUGGACAUGAUAUUGAUCUCUCUUUGAAGGGUACCCCUCAUUGGCUGGCACCAGAGGUAUUGCAUGCUAUGAUGCGAAAAGACGCAAACCCUGAGCUAGCCUAUGGUGUUGACAUAUGGAGCGUUGGUUGUACGGUUAUUGAGAUGCUCACAGGAAAACCUCCUUGGAGUGAGCUUACUUGGGUGCAAGCAAUGUUUAGUGUAUUGAACAAAUCACCGCCCAUACCUGAAAAACUAUCAGCUGAAGGGAAGGAUUUUCUUCAACGGUGCUUUCAAAGACGACCUGAAGAUCGACCCUCGGCAGCUAAGCUGCUCGAUCAUCCUUUUGUACGCAGUUCACGUGACCAAAACCAUGCUGGUUUGGUGCUAGGAUUUUCUGGAAUUAGAUUACAUGUGAGUUUCGCAAUCUUAAUCAUAUGCAUGCCAUGCAGGAACUUGACACAGAUCGAAACUAGUCGACAAGAUAUCUUAUGCCCGGGUCCCAAUUCCCACAACUCAGCAGUUGAAGCCCUCCCUCGGGUUUCUUCAAACACUUUGAGCCCUUCAAAUGUGGAUAAGAAUUUGUUGUUAAGAGCUGUAAACAACACUACUAUUUCGUGCAAGGGAAAUCUCACCCUAUUGAUGCCGAAAAUGACGGAAAGGAAGAAGAAACAGAGCUCAAACGCACACUGA